AUGCGUUCUUUCCUUCUACCAGUCCUUUCAUUUACACUUGGCCUCGCCGCUAGUGCCAUUGCCGACCCCAUAAUCUCUCGUUGGCAGCUUCACGAAAAACGUUCACAUAUACCCGCAGGAUGGACCCGCGAGCGAACGCUCGAUCCGUCUGCCUCGAUUCCUUUACGAUUUGCGCUUGCCCAGCCAAAUAUCGAGCAUAUCGAAGCGCAGCUCUACGAAGUUUCGCAUCCUGACUCACCCAAUUACGGGAACCAUUGGUCUCCAGGUCAGGUUGCAGCCAAGUUUGCGCCAAGUACCGAAUCUAUCGAGACCGUGCGCACAUGGUUGAUCGAGAGCGGUGUGGAACCCCACCGCGUAAAAAUCUCACCUACGAAGGGGUGGCUCGAAGUCACUUCUACUGUCGAAGAGGCUGAAAAUCUCUUGCUUGCUGAAUACCAUCAUGUCGGCCCGCAUGUCGACUUUGUGACACCGACCAUUCAUUUUGAUGUCAAGAUUCGAAAGCGUAAUCAACACAAUAGAGUCCCGAUCGGUCAACCUGGUCAGGGUAGCGGUCCCAAGACGACCGGUGCAGUCCAAGACAUCAUCAGUCAACUCAAGGAUUGUGAUAAGCAGACCACGCCAAUUUGCUUGAGGACGCUAUAUGGACUUUGGUAUCAGCCAGUCUCCGGUAAAAACAACAGUUACGGAAUUGUGGAGUAUACCCCACAGGCCUAUCUCCAGUCUGAUCUCGAUAUGUUCGCAAAGAACUUUUCAACUGGUCUCGAAGGUGUUUCCCCUACGAUGGUUUCAAUAGAUGGAGGCUACCUCCAGACUACAAACAUGUCUUUUGACUACAAUGGGGAAUCUAACCUCGACCUCCAGUAUGGGAUGACCCUGGUCACAAAGGGACAAGACGUCACUCUUUACCAAGUUGGAGAUGCAGUUGAAGGUGCUUCUUUCAAUACCUUCCUUGAUGCCCUUGAUGGAGACUAUUGCACUUACGACGGCGGCGAUGACCCCUCUCAGGAUCCUGUUUAUCCUGACACCGCCGAUGGUGGAUACACGGGCACUGAGGAUUGCGGAACUGUCAAGCCCGCCAACGUCAUCUCCACGUCCUCCGGAUACAACGAGGCUGACCUCUCUGCCGCCUAUGCUAUUCGCCAAUGCAAUGAGUACGCAAAACUCGGCCUCUUGGGCGUCACCGUCCUCUACAGUUCGGGAGAUUCGGGUGUUGCAGGCAGUAACGGGUACUGUUUGAAUCCCGAUGGUACUCAGACCGCAGAUGGUGCAAUCUUCAAUCCCUCCUUCCCUGCUACAUGUCCAUAUGUCACUUCGGUUGGUGCCACUCAAAUCAUCUACUCUGGCGGUGGAUUCAGCAACUACUUUGGUAUGCCCGACUAUCAGAAGGGAGCGAAUAUUUACAACUCCACCGGAACGUCUCGCGCAUAUCCCGAUCUUUCUGCCAAUGGAGCGAACUACGCCGUUGCUGUUGAUGGUAACUUCACUCUCGUCUACGGAACGUCUGCAUCUACACCUGUCGUCGGUGCUAUCUUGACCAUGGUGAACGACGCUCGCCUCGCGCUCGGUAAAUCAACGCUCGGGUUCAUCAACCCUACUAUCUACUCUGUUGAUUUCGCAGGGGGUUUUAAGGAUGUCACCAACGGAACGAAUCCGGGGUGUGGCACUGUGGGAUUCAAUGCGACCAAAGGUUGGGAUCCUGUCACUGGCCUCGGGACGCCCUACUUUCCUUCACUGCUUGCCAAAUGGCUGGCUCUCAAGUAAGCUGUUUCUACGCAGAGGACUUUCAACUGUACUCGGACUCGGAUUAUAUCCAUACCCUCCCUCGCUGACGUGAAUGACUACUUAUUGGAAUACCUAUACGUGCCUCUCUAACCCUUGUAUUGGACGCGACGCAGUGCUCUCUGUUUGAGGUAAGCUUGUACGACCAGUUGUUCAAUCCUGGUCGAGUGAUAGAUUCAGUACACGUAUUGAUAGAAGGGGGACAAGUAAGUAACCUUUGCUUCACCAUCAUAGCUGUUCCUUGCCUGAGUACGCCCUUGAAUAACUGCGCCCCGAGGCCACGGUAUAGGGCGAAGAAUCCGCCAGCGGUAUAAAUUCCUAGGAGUGACGAUCGAAUUGAAAUGUACUGUGAUGAAUUGUUGGCGGAAUUAGAUAUACGAGAAGCUUGUACCACAGUCUUUGCGAGAAGCAGUGGGUAUAACAUAAUGACGGCUUUGUGAGUCGCGUGUUAGUACUUGUUUGACA